AUGAGCUCCUCCUUGGCUGGUGUCAAGGACUUGCUCAAGGUCUCGGACGAAAUCACAGACGCUGUUGCCACUAACAAACCCAUCGUUGCCCUUGAGUCAACUAUCUACACUCACGGAGCCCUGGGCAAUGAACUCGCCCUCCAACAUUCAGAUCUUGUCCGCAGCAAUGGAGGUAUUCCCGCCAUCAUCGCCAUUGUUGAUGGUGUUCCUACUGUUGGAGCAACAGCAUCUGAUAUCAUUCGUAUGAUUGAGAGUGGAAACGCUGUCAAGGCGUCCAGGAGAGAUAUUGCCUACCUCGCGGGAAUGGGCUUGACAGGACAGAAGAUUCAUGGCGGCACCACCAUAUCAGGAACUAUGUUGCUCGCCAGGCUUGCGGGCAUUCGAGUAUUCGGCACUGGUGGUCUCGGCGGCGUCCACCGCGGAGGUCAUGACUCAAUGGAUGUUUCUGCUGAUCUCACUGAACUUGGCCGAACCCGAGUCGCUGUCAUCAGCGCCGGCUGCAAGGGCUUCCUCGAUAUUCCCAGGACACUGGAGUUCCUCGAGACCCAGGGUGCCCAUGUUUCGACCUUUUCAGACGGACGAUCUGGAAAGAUUGAUUUCCCUGCUUUUUGGGCUCGUGAUAGCGGCAUCAAGAGUCCUUCUGUUGUCCAUACCGAGAAGGAGGCUGCUGCUAUCAUUCUGGCCCAGGAGAAGCUUGGUAUUGAGUCAGGCUUGCUCUUCGCCAACCCAAUCCCGGAGGAAUUUGGCAUUCCUGCGCCUGAGAUGCAGGCUUAUAUCGAACAGGCUGUCAGGGAAGCCAAUGAGAAGGGCUUCACUGGCAGCGCUAACACUCCGUAUAUCCUGGGUAGAAUCAAGGAGCUCACAGGAGAGAAGGCCGUUAUCGCCAACAAGGCGCUGGUAACGUCCAAUAUCACCCGGGCCACCAACAUCGCUGUCGAACUCUCAAAAUUGUUGUCUUCUGGUUCUGAGCCAGUCAAGACUUUCAAUUCAUAUUCUGCCGCUUCAUCUGCAUCUGCACCUGCAUCUCCUGCUCCCACUGAGCUCAAGGGGCCAGAAGUAACGUCCGACAGUAAGGCCGAUAUCCUUGUCGCUGGUUCCGUUGCUGUUGAUCUAAGCUGUGACUAUGCCCCAAAGUCGGGUGACGCUUCACCCGUCCUCCACACCUCGAAUCCAUCUAGUAUCAGCCAGUCAAUUGGAGGUGUCGGCCAUAAUGUAGCUCUCGCUGCCCACUCUGUAAGCAAACAUGCUCGAGUACGGCUCUGUAGCAUGGUUGGUGAUGACGUUGCUGGCAAGACCAUUCUUAAUGGACUCAAAGCCUCCGGCCUUGACACUACCUACAUUCGACAAUUAGGCCAUGAAUACCACGGCUCUAAUAGAACGGCUCAGUACGUUGCUGUCAAUGAUGCAAACAAGAAUCUAGUCAUGGCUAUGGCCGAUAUGGGCAUCUUCACAAACCACUCUUUUCCCGAAUAUUGGAAGUCUGCCGUCCGGGGAACCAAGCCCAAGUGGUUGGUAGUGGAUGGUAAUUGGAGCGAGAAAGAUAUUCGAGCAUGGCUCAAGGCUGGCCAAGACCAAGACUGCAAGAUUGCCUUCGAACCAGUAUCGACAGCCAAGUCUAUGAACCUUUUCUGUCCUCAGAAAGGACACCCGAAACUUCGUGUCUUCCCCAAGCCCACAGUAGACAUCGCUUCUCCCAACAGCUACGAGCUGGCAGCCAUGUACUCCGCAGCUCGUGAUAACGGAUACUUUGAGGCUCCAGAGUGGUUCGAUAUCAUCGACGCCUUUGGCAUGCGAGGUGCCCGAGAUCGGUUUGUUAAGAUGACUUCAGCCGAGCUGACUGACGCUGGUGUUCCUGUUCAGUCUGUUCAACUACUUCCUUAUAUUCCGACUAUUGUGACGAAACUUGGUCCUCAGGGUGUUCUCCUGACCGCCAUCCUCGGAAAAGAUGAUCCCCGUCUGAAGGACCCUGAUUCCGAGGAGUACAUCCUUGCUCGCUCAAUGAGCGACCACCCCAGCGUUGGUGGGCUCUAUAUGAGACUCUUCUCUGCAGCUGAAAAGGUUCAGAACAUUGUAUCUGUUAAUGGGGUUGGAGACACGUUCUUCGGUGUUUUGAUCUCUGGAUUGGCCCAGGGUGGCAAAGUCGAAAACCUCAUUGAUGUUGCACAAGCUGGCUCAUGUUUGACACUAAAGUCUCCUGAGUCAGUGAGUCCUGAUCUACACAGACUCGAAAGCUGCCUGGACCCUCUAAAAAAAUUCCAUGGCUAUAAACAUUUCCAACCAGAAACUGCAAAACUUACUCCAGCGAGACAAAGGACAACAAUGGCGCCACCACAAGACGAAGAGAUGUUAGAUCCCUCAUCUUCCUCCUCCUCGGAGAACAAGUCUCAAUUUGACUCAGAAGAUGAGGUUCCUCAAAAGAAGCCAACCAUUGCGCUCUACGAUAAAGAUUCGGACGAGGAAGAGUUGGAGCGACUUGUUCUAGGUAACAAGGCAGGCUUCCGGGCGCAAUUGUUCAAAGACGAUGGGAUUUUUGAUAGCAGCUGGGGUGCGGAGGGUAGGGACCUUCAGCUUGUCGAGCAAGAUCCUGGACUGGAGGAAAUCGACGAUGCGGACCUGUUCAUGUUCGACACCGGUACUGGACCAGGCGCUGCAGAGGUCACAAAGGCAGCAAAGCCCACCGAUGGAAACGCUCCUGUAUGGGAGGAUAGCGACGACGAUAGACUGGCCAUUUCCCUGGCUGGAGCCGCUCGGUUACGAAAGCUGCGAAAGACGGAAGCCGAGGAUCUUGUGAGCGGAACUGAGUACAGCAGAAGGUUGCGACAACAGUACCUCCGACUUAAUCCCCUCCCAUCGUGGGCGCGCGAAGCAGAUGGGCGACCUGGCAAGCGAAGGCGAUCAUCCGCUGCGUCUGACUCUUCAGCAGACAGCGAUUCCGACUCUGAGAUUUCUGCCCAGCCUCUUGAGAAGUUCCUUCGCGACGUCAACAGUCUGGCCGGAGCUGGAUCAACCAAGAAGAGGCGCUUACGACCCGAAGUCAUUGACAUCCAACGCACACGAGAGAUCCCAGACAAGCACAAGGCCCCCGUCGCCAACCUUUCCUUCCACCCCGAGUUCCCGGUCCUCCUCUCCUCCAGCACCGCUUCUGUCCUCUACCUCCACCACAUCGCUCCCGCCGCUCAUCCUACACCCAAUCCUCAGUUGACUUCAGUGCAAGUCAAGCAAGUCGAUGUUCGAAAGGCCGAGUUCUUAUACCCUCGGGGCGACAAGGUGUUCUUCGCUGGUCGACGAAAAUACUUCCACCACUGGGAUCUCAAAUCAGGAACAGUGCAAAAGACAACGCAGAUCCUCGGCCACAGGCUCGAGCACAAGACUAUGGAGCGAUUUAAGCUCAGCCCGUGCGGUCGAUACAUGGCUAUUGUUGCAUCUACCAGAAAGGGAGGCGGUAUCAUUAACGUUCUGAACACGACAUCUAUGCAGUGGAUUUCGGCUGCCAGACUUGCUAGUCAGAAUGGCAUUGCAGACUUUGCUUGGUGGAGCACUGGAAACGGUAUGACUAUCCUUGGUCGAGAUGGCCAGGUUGGCGAGUACAGUAUGGAGAGCCGCUCAUUCUUGGGAAUAUGGCAUGAUGAGGGUUGUGUUGGUGGUAUUGUUCUCAGUCUUGGCGGUCAUCAGGGUCCAACUUUACUGGGUGACGAUCGAUGGGUCGCUGUAGGUUCUAACAGCGGCAUCACCAACAUCUACGAUCGCAACGAGCUUGUCAUACUCAAGUCGGAGGAUGUCUCUAUUAAGGAGCGUCCAACACCUACAAGAGUCUUCGAGCAGCUUGUCACGCCCAUUACACACAUUGCUUUCUCACCAGAUGGUCAGCUCAUGGCUUUCGGAAGCCAACAUAAGAAGGACGCUUUGCGCCUUGUGCAUCUACCUACUUGCACAGUGUACCGUAACUGGCCUACGGAACAGACACCUCUUGGAAGAAUCACAGCAGUCGCGUUUGGGAAUCAGAGUGACUUGUUGGCGGUUGGUAAUGACACAGGGAAGAUCAGGCUUUGGGAGAUCAGGAGUUAG